UAUACAGAACAUAAAACAGCUAUAGUGAUGGAGAGACGAGAAGGACGUAUACUAAAGAGCCAGUUCCCAGAUGUCGAUGUGCCAGAAAUGUCGGUGAAUGAUUUCCUUGAGCAACAUUCCUGGUUGAACAAGCCACAGGACUCCAUAGCUGUGAUCGGGCGCAGUGUUGGACCACCUGAUGCUAGCAAGGAGUGGAGGUUGUCGUACAGAGAGCUGCGGGAGUCUGUAAGAAGAGUAGCUAGCGGUCUGGCCCGGCGCGGCCUCAGGAAAGGUGACGUCGUGUUUGUGUGCAGUUCUAACUGCCCAGAGUACGUGAUCACGAUGUUGGCAGUUUACUCGCUAGGGGCAGUCCUGACGUCUGCGAUUCCUGGAUCCUCUGUAAACGAGAUACUUUACAAGCUGGGAAUUGCGAUGUUCUGUGGCACUUUAAAGUUUUUCGUCGUAUCUAGUGACGAGCUCACAACUGCGAGGAAAUUGGUGGAGCGUUGUGGAGUAAACGUGGCACGGAUUUCAUUUGGCAGCAUUGUAGACAAAGAGUGUAUACCGUUUAAUGAUUUGCUGGAAGACAGCGGCGACGCAUUUCCUAAAGACAACUGUGUUGAAUCCGGUGACCUAGCCGUCGUACUGUAUUCCAGCGGAACAACUGGCCCGCCGAAAGGCAUACCUUGGGCUCACAAAAUACUCGUUUCCCACAUGGCUAUGCCUAGAUUUACUAUGAGAGAAGGAGACGUUUUUCUACUGAGUCCUCUGUCGAAUGUUCCCGAGGUUCCAAUGAGUGCUUUGUCCCUCGGUGUCACGUCUUUGGCAUUGCCUUGCUUUAGUGAUCCUGAGCACUACAGUAUAGCCAUUAAUAAGUACAAAGUCACCUAUUUAUUCUGCAUCCCUCCACUGAUCGUCAGUCUAGUAAAGAAAGGUUACGAGCUGCCAACAUUACAACGCUGUGACGCAGCUGGCAGUACCUGCAGUCCCGCAGUUAUCAGAGAAGCUAGAAUUACGCAUCCGCACCUAGUUAUUACUGGUAUCUAUGGAAUGAAUGAAAUCGGAGUUCUUAUAAACCCUUCGUCAGAAACCGAACAAUCUGGUAACAAACGAGGAGUUCUUAUAGGAAAACCUGUCGCAAAAUCACAAGCUAAGGUGUCGCCUUCAGAAAUGGAAGACAUCCUCAUGAGUCAUCUGGGAGUAGGAGACGUCUCCGUUACCGGCGUCCCAGAUCCAGAAAACGAAGGAUACGAACUAAUCCGAGCUUUCGUCGUCCGUAAAACGGAUGCAGUUUCUGCAGAAGAUCUCAUCGAGUUUGUGAAAGACAAGACGCCAAGAAAGUAUGUCACGUUAACAGGAGGUGUGCGCUUUCUGAAAAGCAUUCCGAAGAAUCGAGUCGGCAAAAACAUGCGCAGCGAACUUCAAGCUCAGCCUUUUGAGUAAUUAUCUUUAAUGGUGACGUAUGAUGCGCGCUGCAAGCGGCACCUGGCGAAAGUCCUUUUCGGGCUCGGAAUACUGAUUAUACUAACUAUAACUAGUUAAUAUAUGGAGAUUAGUGGCGCUAAACGGUAAAUUUUUCGAGAUUCGGAAAUAAACGUCAAACGGGACGCGUGAUUGGACCAUUUUGAUUAUCGUGAAACCGGAAAUUACCAGAUAAUUGUUUUCGUGAAUUGGGAAUAGAACUCAACCGGGACGCGGGGAACGCCCCGAAAGAUUUCUUGUGCAGAAUAAUGACAAGGUUUAGAAGGAGCAUAACUACUCCUUCCAGAAUGACUAAUUCAUAUAGGUGAUAAUGGCGUGGACACCAGGAAAUAUAUUUUGACAGUAAAUAUAUAUCAAUUAUCGAGGAAAUGGCAUAUUUUCUGAGAAACUUGGAGUUGACUCCACCCGUUCCAAUUCCUUAAUAAAUAUUCUGUUUACAUUCAUCGUUUUAGAUCACCCACUUUUAGUCUAAUGUUUAGUCUUAUUGAACCGUAAGAAAUAUUGGGACAUAGCACAAGCAUCACAUAAAAUGUUACGACAUUUUGCACUAAUAAUGCCAUAACUAUUUAUGAUGUUUUUAGCCAUGGCCCCCUGGUGAUAAGAUAUCUAGAAACUAACGGUGCGUUUCCUGUGGCGGCUCUGAAGGCGUUAUCAGAAUUAAUCUAGUGCUGUGUUUUGUCGUUUAUGCUCUCCUAUCGAAUAAUCUGACACUAUUUAUAUAUAGUGUUUAUAUCAACCUAGUACGCAUACCUUGUAUCAUGAAUAUUUAAUUCAGUACCUACCGGUAACAAGAAUGAAUAAAUCACAUGUACGUUGUCUUCUAAACGCAUUUGGUUUGAAUAAACUAUAAUCAUCAUUG